AAAAAUGUAUCUUGUUAGCCUUUGGAUUUUGCUGGGGCUAUGCUUGUGCUUGUACUGUGUUGUGUUGUGCUGUGCUGUGCUGUGCUCAGCACCAGCACUCAGCUCUGGCUUUGGCUUUUACUUUGGCUCGGUACCGUUCUCGGUCUCGGUGUGACGGAGACAGAGACGGAGACGAACUCGCGUUGUGUGCGCUUCAUCUGUGCUGUGGGACUAUGGCUAGUCAGUUCAGUCAGUCAUCGACAUUAGACCGGAGUAAUCCAGUUCUUUCUGUCUCGCUCUCUGUUUGUUAUAUUUUAAUAAUUUAUAUGCAGUAUAUCACGCUUUCGUAUCUCAUCAUCAUUAUUUUCGUCGUCGUCGCCGGCCGUCAAGCGUUCGUUUAUAGUUCGCUUCGCACAUAACGCGCAUUAGAGCAUCGAGCGACAACACAACCUACACUGAAAAGUACUUGAACUGUCGGCCACUAUACUUAGUAUUUUGUUGUUACGUUUGUGUUCCUUUUUUUACAUACUCGUAGAUACUUGCUUUGCUAUUGCUAGUUGUUGCUCUUCUAUCUUCGAUAUGUUUUUAAAUCUGAAUUCAUACGUUCAAAUAGAUUACAAGCAGUUAAAUACUUCGUUAUACCUACCUACUCUCCUUCGUUUUUAGAUGAUAAUGAGUUUAAAGAUAUUCUUUGGAUUGUUGUCGUUAUCUUUAAACAAUUAUCCAUAAACAAUGAAAAACUAUCUUUCAACCUAUAGAUAAUUAUUAUUUUCAUUUUAAAUAAAUUGCCUAAUGCACAGAUACCUUUUAUCGUGUUAAUUCGUUUUCGGUUCAUGUUUUGGCUUUAGUGAUUGUUUUGUUUAUUCAUAGCAUGUUGUAGCUGUGGUGGUGGGCUUGAUUUUCAAGCUACAACGACAACGCGCGGUUGUCAGUGAAAUUAUUUUUUUUUUGUAUUUUUGUGUUGUUCAUUUUGUUUUUAUUGUACCUACAGUGUUCUUCUUUGGGUUAUUUUUCAUAGCCUUGAUUUUACUUUAUCCUUUUGUUGCUUCCGUAGGCAUAACUAUUGUUAUUAAGGAACAAAGUGUGAAGUAUUUCAACAUCUAAACGGUUUUAUUACAUUCUACGAGAAGUAUAACUGAUCAAUGUGAUAACGAUAAGUAUGCAAAGCAAAAAAAACUUAAUUCAAUUGGAAUACAAAAUUAAACAUACCUACCUACUCACCAAGCUGAUCGAAAUCAAUGAAUGGAACUGAAAAAUGAAUAAUAAUGAUUUGGAUUUUUGGACAAAUGUCAAAUUGAUGUAAUCUAAGCUAUGAAUUAACUACUUUUAGUAUCAAAAUAAUAAAAAUGGGUCAUUUGCAAAAAGAACUGCCUCGAUUGGUGAAUUUGAAGAGAACAUCAAAAAAUAAAAAUAAAUAAAAAGGGUUUCUACCAUUGAUAAAAUACCUGGAAAAUAACCUAUGAAUCAACCCAAGUGAAAAACUAAUCUUAUUGUGCUUUCGAACAAAGGGUGAAAGCUACGCACGUUUUAAAAAUUGCGAACCAAGUGAAAUAUUCAAUUGUAUUUCUUUUAUAAUCACUUUGUCUGGACGACGGCGUUUGUAAAAUCAAACGUCUUACAAUACAAGUAAAUUCAGCAAAGAUAAGAAUUAUUUAUGGAUGCAGGGGGUCUUCCAGUAUUUCAGAGCGCCAGUCAGGCAGCCGCCCAACAACAACAGCAGCAACAACACCAACAUCAGCAACUCAAUUUACAGCUACAACAGCAGCAGCAUUUGCAACAUCAUCAACAGCACCUUCAUCAACAACAAAAUCUCGUCCAUCUUCAACAACAUCAACAAUUGCAUGCCCAGCAUCAACAGCAAACACAACAACAACAUCAUCAGCAGCAACAGCAGCAGCAUCAACAACAGCAAUCUCAACAGCUGCACAAUGUGCAGCAACAACAAAAUAUUCAUGUGCAACAACAACAAAAUUCUCAACAACAGCAACAGCACGCGGCCGCAUUCAAUCCAAACCAGCAAAAUGUUAGCCCCGGCCUUGGGAACAGUGAUAUUAUGCCUCCAAAGAAUCAAGCGGUGGUGGAGCGAUUGCGAAGACGCAUGGAAAAUUACAGACGACGACAAACAGAUUGUGUUCCACGUUUCGAAGCGGCAUUCAAUAAUGUGUGUGAACAACAAAAUCACGAGACAACAACACUGCAGAAGAGAUUCCUCGAGAGCAAGGCCAAGAGAGCGGCCAAAAAGACGACGGAAAAGAAGCCAACUGAAAAUCUGUUAGCUGGAAAUCUUCAAAGCAGUGUUCAUGUGCAACAAAAAUUUCUCAAAAGACCAGCGGAAGAUGUGGACAAUGGGGCUGACAAUUUUGAACCACCCGUCAAACUACAACACAAUGGUUCAGAAAAUUUAACCAAAUUUUCAGUGGAAAUUGUUCAACAAUUAGAAUUUACAACUUCGGCGGCAAAUUCCCAGCCCCAACAAAUUAGCACAAAUGUUACAGUAAAAGCGCUUACCAAUACAUCUGUUAAAAGUGAAGGCGGUGGUGGUCAGAAUCAGAAUCAAAAUCAACAACAAAAUUCAGGGAGUAAUCAACAACAGCAACAAGGUGGUGGUGUUCCUGGGCAUGGCGGUGAUCUAAGUGGAAAUAAUGGCAUGGGUGGUGGACAGCAAGGAAACGGCAGCGGUCUAAUGGGUGGACAUAACAAAGCGUCAACGCUGGGUGGCUUAGCCAAUCUCGUUGAAUGCAAACAAGAACCAGAUCAUGAUUUCUCUGAUUUAGGUGUGGGGCUCGAAAAGGAUGGCGGAGGCCCGAAUGGAAAUUUUCCUGGUUUUCCAGAUCUUAUGGGUGACGAUACGGAUGAAGGAAAUGACACAUUUAAGGAUUUAAUAUCUGAUCUGCAGGAUUUUAACCCUGGAUUCUUAGAUGGAUUUGAUGAAAAACCGCUGCUCGAUAUAAAAACUGAAGAUGGUAUUAAGGUGGAACCGCCGAGUGCUCAAGAUCUAAUGAGCAGUCUGAAUGUAAAAUCAGAGAACCCAAUGGCACAAUUUGCUUCGAACUUUGGUGGAGGACCAGGAAUGGCUGGAACAGGAAUGAGUGACAACCAAGGACUGAACAAGAUGCGCAAUCAAUUCCAAAAUGGUCCUAAUGGUCCAAUCACAGAGCUGUCUCUCGCUCAAACGCUCAAACACAUGGCGGAACAGCAUCAACAUAAAAACGCUAUGAGUGGCAUGAAUUUUCCACGUCCACCUAUGCAACCUCCACAACAGAGUCAAAUGAUGAGCGGUGGUGGUGGAAACCCAAACAGCCGAUAUAAUGACUUUGGACCAUUUGCAAAUGAUUUUAUGACUUCUGGUGGUCAGAAUGGCUCAAACGUAAAUAAUGGUAAUCCUAUUGGCACCCAGCAACAGCAACAGCAACAAAAUUCCCAACAACAACAACAACUGCCUCCACAAUACCACAAAGGUCCUACAUCCGCACAAUCAUUUGUCGAUAUUAAACAGGAACUCUUUUACUCUUCUCAAAAUGAUUUCGAUCUCAAAAGGUUGCAGCAACAGGCUCAAAUGCAACAUCAACAGCAACAGCACCAGCAGCACCAACAGCAACACCAGACGCACCAACAUCAACAGCAAGCUCAUCACCAACAACAACCAAAUCCCAAUAUGGGACCAAAAAUGGGUGGAGUUGUUGGACCAAGUUUUCCUAAGCCCACCAACCCUCAAGCAGUGCAACAGCAGCAAUCGGCUGCAGCUGCUCAACAGGCUCAGCAACAACAAUACUCGCCAUACAGUUCGCCCAUGUCGCAGCAGGGCAACAAUAGUCCGGCAGGACCCAAUUUCAUGCAGCCACCACGUGGCGUCAACACUGGCGUCCCACCAAAUAUGACCUCGCAAUGCCCGCCUCCCCAACAACAGCAGCAACAACAACAGCAACAACAACAGCCACAGCAGCAGCAACAACAACCUUCUCAGCAACAAAGUUCAGCGAAUGCUACCAACGCCCAAAGGCAGAAUUCAGCGGGUGGUGUUGGUAACGGGGUCAACCCAAACGCCAAUGGUCCAAAUACGAGUGGCAUUCAGUCAACUGGAACAACGACAUUACAAAUGAAGCAAACUCAACAGUUGCACAUAAGCCAGCAGAGUGGAGCACAUGGUAUUCAGGUAUCCGCGGGUCAGCAUUUGCAUCUCACUGGUGAUCUGAAGAGCAAUGUUUCAGUUGCGGCACAGCAAGGUGUCUUUUUUAACCAACAACAGGCUCAACAACAACAGCAACAUCAGCAUCAACAGCAGCAGCAGCAACAACAACAACAGCAGCAGCAGCAACAAAAUCAGCAAUCUCAACAACAUACACAGCAAGGAAGCAAUAACCUAAGCAAUAAUCCACAAAAUCAGCAAUCAAAUCAAAACAUUAGCAAUUCUUCUGGCCCUGGAAAUGAUUCUUACACCAUGUCUCAGACACAGUCGAUCAGCUUCACACAGCAACAACAACAGCAGCAGCAGCAACAGCAGCAGCAACAACAGCAAUCACUACGACAGCGACAGUCACAGGCUGCAGCGGCUGCUGCUGCAAGUGCUGUUGGUAUGGGCAGUGCUGGAGCACCUGGAGGUGGCCCCACGGUUGGCACUGCUUCAAACAAUGCCCCCAAUAAUAAUGUUCCAAGUCAGUCAGGAGGAAAUCCCUCAACAUCUGGAUCUAUGGCUGGUAUGACUCAAAUCGCAGGAAAUGCAGCAACGUCUAACGUUCCAAUGAGUCAGGGUGGAAUGAAUGCGAACAUGGGUCCUGGAAAUAUGACACAGAAUAUGAGCCAGAUGGCACAUGGAAACAAUGGACCGGGCGGAAUCGGUGCUAUGGGCAUGGGCGGAAUGAGUGGCAUUCCAAGUCAGAUGAGUGGCAUGGGCACAAUGGUUCCAAAUGCAAUGAAUCAAACCCCCGGAGCAGGUGGCAUGGGUCCGAACUCAAUGAUGAUGUCGAACGGACCGAUAGGCAUAAAUCAGGCAAAGUUCUUACAACAACAACAGAUGUUGCGUGCGCAGGCAAUGCAGCAACAGCAUAUCGGCGGCAACCGGCCGCCACCUCCUGAAUAUAAGGCAACUCAAGCUCAGCUCAUGCAAGCUCAAAUGAUGCAUCAAAGUUCCGGUGGUAGGUUCCCAAAUGCAGCGGCGCAAGCAGCUGCUAUGAGGCGAAUGAGUCAACAACCCAUACCACCAUCGGGUCCAAUGAUGAGGCCGCAGCAUUCAAUGUACAUGCAACAUUCCGCAGGAGGUGGCCCUCGCUCAGCAAUGGGACCAUAUGGUGGUCCGAUGGGGGCUGGUCCACAACGACCGCCAAAUGUACAAGUUACUCCGGAAGGGAUGCCAAUGGGAUCACAACAGGAGUGGCGUCACAUGAUGAUGUCCCAACAACAGAAUAUGUCAUUUGGUGUACAGGGUGGUGCUCCAGGUCCGAUAAGACAGCCACCUAAUUCUGGUUUUAAUUCAGGAGGGUUCAUGUCGAAUACGGCAGCCGGUGGUGGGCCAAAUAUGUCACAGGUUCCAAAUCCGAAUAUGCAACUGACGCCUGCUCAAAUGCAGCAGCAACUAUUGCGGCAACAACAACAGAAUCAACUCGUUGCUGCACAACAAAGCCAACAGCAACAAAACAUGAUGGGUAACAUGAACCAGAAUCAACAAGCCGCUGUAAUGCAACAAAUGUUACAACAACAACAACACCAUCAACAACAACAACAACAACAACAACCACAACAACAAAACAUGAUGACUCAAAUGCAAAUGGCUUCCAUGCACAUGUCUCAAUCACAACAAAUCACAAUACAACAACAGCAACAGCAGCAGCAAUUCGUUCAACAAACAACCACCACGACCACUCAUCAACAGCAUACUCAGCAAAUGAUACAGAUGACCAAUUCCUCCGGUAAUAAUCCCAACGCAGUGCAAGGUGCUAUAUCGGGGGGACCGCUUUCCGCACCACCGACAUCAAUGCAAACAGCAACUACUUCAAUCAACCAGGCCAUAAACUCUGUUGUUGGGAACACAAACGAUCUUUGCCUUGAGUUUUUUGACAAUUUGCCCGUUGGUGACGCCAGUAAUUUCUCUACUCAAGACUUGCUGAAUUCGUUAGAUAAUGACAGUUUUAAUAUACAAGACAUUUUGCAGUAAUCCAAGACAUAUUAGGUUAUAUUUUUUAUUUAUAUGAACACUUUUGGUCAGUUGAAUUGGUUGUUGUUGAAAAAUUUUAUUUUUUGUUACUUAUUUUAAUAAGAGUAUGACUUGUGAGUUUGUGAGAGAGAUAAAAUGUGUUUUUAAGUUAUUUUUUUUUUAAACAAAGACAUUCCCUUCUUUAUGUUGAAAGAAGUUCUUAAUUUAUUUAUGUAAUAUUAAUUAAAGAGAAUUAUAAUGUAUGAAACUUAAGAAGAUACAAAGCUUUAAAGAUAAGUAUAUUCUGAAUGUGUUUGUUUUAUAAGACAACAAAAUUAGUUUGACGCUGCAUAAAAAAUAAUAAAAUAUUUAAACAAAUUUUAACUUUUCAUUGGUACUUACCAUAAGGUUCGUUAAAAAAAGUAAAACCUCUGAUAUUACGAUCUGUCUAAAAUUCAUCAAGAGUAUUUGGAAGCAAAAACAAAGUUUCGCUGACGAAUUAUCUGUAUAGAACUGAGAUCUUAUUUGUCUAAACAUGUCUGUUUUUAAUUUCAUUUUGCAUAGCGGAGAAAGUUCAAUCACUUCCAAGUACCCAUUCCAUUAAAAGAAUCGUUAAACUUUCAACUUCUAAUACACAAUGUAAAGAGAUAUGUUUCUAUUUUGUUUCCUUCGUGAAUGGUUUGACAGUAAUUAAACUUGGAAAAAUGCGUAAUUGGUAUGUUUAUAUUAAUGUUAUCAUUGCUUCUGUUGUACAUUUAUCAGUAAAAUCAUUUUCUUAAAACACAUUUCGAAAGUAAUAAAGUAAAUGAAAGAGUUUAACGUGUGGGAAGAAAAUAUAUGAUAUUGAUCUUUGUCGACUUACUUACUUUCCAUUCUGUUGAAUACUUUUUGUGAAAAUGGUAUACUUUUAUACUUUAGCCAUAUGUGAGGAUAUAGAUAAUUUUUCAAACAAAGCUACUCAUGAGUAUCAAAAACUUUCAAAGGAAAUACUUCUUAGUUUCUAUUUCUUUGAUUCGUUACGCUUCAGAAAAUUUUUUGAACGCCUAAGUCUAAUUAAAUUUAUUCUUUUAUAUUACAUAGUUCAUUUGUAUUCAGAUUUUUAUCAAAAAUAUUUUCUAAUUGAACCUAUAACAAAAUCAUAUCACUUAACGUUUUUAUUUUUCCCAUUUUAUUUACCGAAAAUCCAAUAAACUCAUUUCCCUGGGCCUUCCCUCUUCAUUACGUUAUAUUCAACAAAAUAUUUAUGCAAGACUGCAUGGAUAAAAUUAAUUCAAAAAUGAAUCUCAUCACGAUCAAAAUAUUUUAGAUGUGUUGCAACACAAAUCUGGAUUUAAAAUUUUAAGAAAAUUCUCAUCCGGAGAUAUAAACAAAAUUAAAAUACAUAAAUUAAACACAACACAUUUUAUUCCAAAUUGGAUAUACUUGAAAAAUCACUACUAUUUCAUCGCACGCAAAAUAUAUACAAACAUAUGAUAUAUGAUUUGUUCAACUUUUAUGUUCAUUUAAAAAAAAAUCAUCUUCAGAAAUAUCAAGUUUUAUGAGUACGAAUGUACAUCGCAUAUGUAAUAAAUAUUUUUUUAUUUGCAUUAUUUGGUUUGUUUCAUUGACGUUUUCUGAUAUUUCUGGCAUUUUUUGUUAGUGUGUCCAUGUAAAAGAAAACAUUGUCUUGGUUUAUCGAUUGAGCCAUAAUUUGUUUUUGACUUUUUGUUCACUUAUGUGAAAUUUUCAACAAUCAUUCAUUCUUACAUUAAGUUAUGAUUUUGAUGGGCAUGAAAUUAUACAGAAUCGUUGAUUUAUAUUACAAACAGUAAAUUUUUGUAAGUACUGCAAAAGACCCUCCUUAAAAAACUUUUAAACAAAGCCAACUCUUGCAACCACAAAUUAUACUAAGAAAAAACAAAAAAAAAACAUUGGUGAUAUUUAUUAAAUGUUAAAAUUAAAAUUGAAAAAAAGAACAAAACAAUCUUUAAAUUUGUAAAUUAUACUUUAUAUUAGCUGUUGAAAAUGUAACAAAAACAUUUGUAUCAUAGAAACAGACAGACAAAUUCAUCAAAAUAAAAUCACAAAAACAUAACAUAAAUGAACAAAAAAAAUAUAGAAACUAAAAAUUAUUAUUGGGCAAUAAUAUGACCAUUUAAUAUUGAAAUUCAAGUAAUUUAGUGAUACAAAUUAGUGAAUAGGAGUUCAUGCUAAUUAAUAACCAUACAUAGGACUAUGUAUAAAAAGUAUGAAAUAAUAAAUUUUGUAAAUUGUAUGUUUUAUUUA